ACGUGUGGUUGUUUGUCAGAUAAUGAGCUGCUUUUUGCAUUGCAGAUCUCCUGGCUCGAGUCACAGCAAGUGAGAAUAAGAGCACAGCUUUAGAGGCCAGGAUGAGCUCCAGUGAAAAGCAGGUGGAGGAGCUCCAGAGAGAGAACGCAGAUCUUCUGGCUCGAGUCACAGCAAGGGAGAAGAAGAGCACAGAUCUCCUGGAUAGAGCAACAGCAAAUGAGAAGAGGAGCACAGCUCUAGAGGGCAGAAUGAGCUCCAGUGAAAAGGAGGUGGAGGAGCUCCAGAGGGAGAACGCAGACCGUCCUCAGGUGGCGUUCUCAGCCGGUCUCACUGAUUCAGGAUCAGUCGGACCCUUCAAGACUGAUAUCACACUGAAGUUCAGUAAAGUCUUCACCAAUAUCGGCCAGGCCUACAGCCCAACUACAGGUAUCUUCACAGCCCCCGUCAGAGGAGUCUACUACUUCAGGUUCAACAUGUGGGAGAGCCGCAGAUCAACUUAUACCUCUGUUGUAUUAUAUCACAACAACCAGCGAAAGAUGAGGCUUUCAGAUUACAUUGAUCGAUCUGGCGUGGUCUCUGCGUCUAACGCGAUGGUUCUUCAGCUGGAGAAGGGAGAUGUUGUCUACAUCGUUCUGCCCUCCAACUACGGCGUUCGGGAUGAUUCGCAUAAUCGCAUCAUUUUCAGUGGAUUUCUACUCUUUCCUCAGUGAAGCCCACUGUAAAACACCCACUGCAUUACGUUUCAACAUUACAUAUUAAUAAAAAAGUGUGUUGACU